UAUUAAUAAUGGGAAAUAAUUGUUGUGUAUCCAAAAACGAAGGAACUCAAUUAGAAACAAGCAAGAUGGAGCCAUCUCCAAAGAGAGAAAGACUAAAUAUGAAGGCAGGAGCUACCCAAGGUGCUAUUAAUGAAGCCUCUAAUAACAGCAGUGACUGAGAGAAGUCCGAAUCUAGAAGAAAUAAAUCCAAGAAAGCUUCCAAGAAUCUUUCUGAUUGUAGAGAAGAAGUCAAGGAGACUCUCCUAGAAAUUGAAGAAGUUGGAAGCCCUGAGAAGGCACUAGAUACUCUGAAGGACGAAAUCACUCCUACAGGAGAGGACUUGGUUCAGACUACUGAAGAUGAUGUCACUCCCCAAGAGUUUAAGACUAUCGAAGCACCAGAACAGGAAGAGGCUGAUAAAUAAUUUUUAUACAUAUUCACUCCCAAUAGUAUUAAUCCUCC